CACAGGCGCCUCUCUGAAAGUUUGACAGACAAAUAUGGGCUUAAUUAACACAUUUAUAAUAACAAGGUUCACCCGAGGACAAAGAGGAGGAGGAGACUGACACGAGAGAAGACUUGAGUCAGUUUUACUGUAGUGCAAUUAGUGUACUUAAUCAUCACUAGUCCAUCGCUAAUGGCUGCACAGCUGCAGGGGCUUAUGUAAAAGGCUUAGACCUCCUAAGACAAUAAUGGUCACCUGGAGAACAAAUGAGGUGGCACUAAUACUCCGGAUGUGUCCGAUAAUGCGUCAGGGAGACGGGCCAGUGAGAGGAGCUCGUCCGGCACAUCAUGGACUCGGGCAGAUAUCCAUUUAAUUAAACAUGACCCGAGGGGAAUCACCAUGCACUGCUGACUUCUCUGCAGACAGGCCGGCAGCGUCUCAGCUUAAGCAGGGGGAAACAGGCACCGUGGGCUCUAUGGAGAUGGAUUCAGGGACUGCAAACGAAACGAGUGGAUUAUACCAACUUCUUUAAUCUACAAAGAAAAGCUUUAUUUAUGGCCUGAAACUGGUCUCAGUGAAGAUCGGGGAUUUUACCGACAGCUUUGCUGCACCUCUUCCAUCCUGACAGCAGACCCCAGAUAUCCUCCUGUCUGGAUGACUAAGGGAAGAGUAGCCAGAGACAUAGCAUGGCUCACUCCACUCUCCCCUCUGGCUGGAGGGAGAUGACAAAUGGAGGGGGGCACCCCCACUUCAACAAUGGAGGCCAGACUGGGGGUUCCCACAGCACCACGCGCUACAUGCUGAAGAAACAGCACCGCCACAGACGCAGGUCCUCCUCACCAAUGGGCAGGGUCAUUCUCAUCAACACACCUUUUGAUGGAGGGGAUGAGAGUGAAGACAUUCACACACUGACAGUAGAUAAGAGUCCAGAUGGGCGUCUGGGUUUCAGUGUCCGUGGGGGCUCUGAACAUGGACUCGGUGUAUUUGUCAGCAAGGUGGAGGACGACAGCUCUGCAGAGCAGGCUGGGCUGACUGUGGGCGAUAAGCUGAUGGAGGUGAAUGGGGUCAGCAUGGAGAGCAUCACCAUGAGCAGCGCUGUGAAGGUCCUGACGGGCAACAACAGGCUGAGGAUGGUGGUGAGACGAGUGGGCAAGAUCCCCGGCAUCCGCUACUCAAAGGAGAAGACCACAUGGGUGGAUCUGAUUCACAGGCGGAUGGUGGUGGAGGAGAGCGGCCGCACACCGUCAGAGUCCAGUUCAGACAGCGCUCUCCGCAGGAUCGUACAUCUCUUCACCACCUCAGAUGACUACUGUCUGGGCUUCAACAUCAGAGGAGGCAAAGAGUUCGGACUGGGAAUUUAUGUUUCUAAGUUGGACCCUGGUGGGCUUGCAGAACAGCAUGGCAUCAAAAUGGGCGAUCAGAUCCUUGCAGCCAACGGGGUCAGCUUUGAUGACAUCACACAUAGCAAUGCAGUCGAGGUCCUGAAGAGCCACACCCAUGUCAUGUUGACCAUCAGGGAAGCUGGGAGAUAUCCUGCAUACAAGGAGAUGGUAGCAGAAUAUGGAUGGCUCGACAAACUGGCUAAUGGGGCCCCCGCACCAUCCUCCCAGUGUUCAGACUCAAACUCCUCUGCCUCCUCGUUGUCCUCAAGCACCCCCCUCAGCUCCCUCAGUGGUCUCUCCCAGGUUCUUUUCCCUCCUGUCUUUGGCUCGGAGAUGGUAGACGUCGCCAUCUCCACCGAGGACCGCUCCCGGCGUCCAAGCAGCGCUGAGCGAACUGCUGACACCGCCAUGCAGACUGACCCCCACCCACCAAACUACCUGGACCACCCCUCACCUAAUGGGUCGUACCCCGACAGGCUGGUUGCCACAGAAACCAGACGGACUGUAGGUACCACAGUUCUGCUGAAGGACACAGUCAUACGGGGGAAAGGUGAAGGACCGAGGGAGAUGGGAGGAGCUGCAGAAAGAGGGCACGGACGGACGAGGACGCUGUCAUCUGGGGACCAGGAAGUAGCGAAACACUCACCUAAAACGGAAGCACUGAUGGCCCUGAGCAGACCAAGGAAGCCAAUCAGACGUUCCCAGAGCCACAUCACUGUGUCAGAGGACAGACAGAAGAAGAAGAGGCAACAGAAGGAGAAGCGCUCUACAGAUGGUAAAACCAGCCUGCAGCGAUCUAAAACUUUUGUCAACCUGUUAUUUAAGAAAGACCGUAAAGAGAAGAGUCGCUCCAAGUCACCAUCUCACCAUGCUGACAAAGAUAAGGAGCAGGGUCGUCCCUUCCAGCUCUUGACCUCCCCGAGGGAAUCUCGUGCUGGGGUUAAAGACAGCAGCCCACUCCACCGACUAGAGACCCUGCAGCACGUGGAGGACAUGGCAAAGAAACUGCUCAUCCAGGAUGAGGUGGCUGCUGUGAUGAGACACUGUCGGCGGUUUUUGUCCGACAAUGUGAUUGAGGACCUAGUACGCCCCCUUUUAGCAAUCUUGGACAGGCCAGAAAAGCUGCUUCUUCUCAGAGAAAUAAGAAUGCUGGUGCCUACUACUGAGUUGGGUCGGUUUGACAGCAUGGUCAUGCCCUUUGAGCUGGAGGCGUACGAUAUUCUCAAGAGUCGCUCUGUGCGUUCUCCAGCUCUGCGAUCCCCUCGCAGUGGAACCCCUCGACGUCACCUCAUCACCCCAGUCCCAGACUACAAGGGUGGGUUCCACCUCCAGCCGGUCCAGGACACACUGCGGGACCGUCAGUUGAUUGAGGAGUUGGAGAGAUUACGUUUGUCCAGCCAACAGUCAGGUCAUGUACCUCCGUCACGUGCCUUCACCCCUCUGCUGGAUGUACCUAUAGACAACUACAUCUCCUCUACUGUGCGCUCCCGCUCCCUGAGCCCUUUACCCACCCACAGCUCCUUCCUCAUAGAAUCCCCACACAGCACCCAACGUGGGCGCCAACCCCAUCGCUCCCCAAACAGAAGAGAUAAUGGGGGGUUGCAGCAUGAUCAAUUCUCCUUGUUGUCAGUGUCUGACCGAGGAGAUGGGGCUCCUGAACGAGGGAGGUCGCCUGUGAGGAACGGCCGUGGGAGAGCAAGGAGGGAGACGAGUCCUGACAGCAUAGAUGGCAGACUGAGCAGGCAGGAGGGCUACACAGAGGUCAGCGUACGUGUUCCUUCGCAGCGGCGAGGGAGAACCCCUUUGGCUGAUGUAUUUGAGCCCAUGAGAGAGAAGAGUCCAUCCACAGGCAGAGGGAGCAGUCAGCAGGUAAACGGACAUUCACAAAAUGGUCAUGGUGUGAAAAGAAGAGCAAUUCUGCCACCUGAGCAGUAUGAAAUCCACACUGUCACCAUCUCCAAGGCCAAGCAGUCGCUGGGUAUUAGUAUCUCUGGAGGUAUGGAGUCUAGAGUCCAGCCCAUGAUAAAGAUUGAGAAAAUCUUCCCAGGAGGAGCUGCAUCUACAAAUGAGGCUCUGAAGGCAGGGUAUGAGCUGUUGUCCGUGGAUGGCGAGAGUCUGCAAGGUGUGACUCAUCAGCACGCGGUAGACGUAAUUCGCCGUGCGUUCAGCAACAAGGCCAAAGACCCGAUGGUUUUUGUGGUCAAGGUCCCCAAAGUUCAUACCAACCCCACCAGCCCCAGGAGGACUGCUGACUAACCUCACAGUGUGGCUCACAGCCAGACUGCAGCUCGGGCAUAACGGACACAAAGGCCUGAAACUCCUGUGGGAGUGAAUGAACAACAGGAUUCACUCCACGAGAGGAAAUAUGGGAGAGAUAGAUCUCCAGUCAUGGUGGAGAGGAUUGGAUGCACAGAUUUUUCCUAUGAAAGACAUGGGAGUAGUGGGAGAAAGAGAAAGGUGAACAUGUUGAAACAGGUUUUUAAGACAGACACAGCCGCUUGUUUAUCAGGAUAAAGAUUGUAAUAAAUCACUUUUGCUACGAUUAAAUGUAAGAUACUAAAUGUUGCAACUGUACAACUUUUAUAACAUUCUUAGUGUUUUUAGCAGACAUUUUACUAAACGCAUACAUUGCACAUUAACUGGAGAAGAAGUAAGUAAUAAUGUAAUUUAUAAUAUGUGUUUUAUGAUAAGAUUAUGUGGUCCAUGAACUCCUCCUUGGUUGAAAUUGUGCCACUGUUCGACACAUGGCAACCUUUCCGUGACCUCUAAGCACUGUCUAAUUGUGGAGCCAGUGGUCUGCACUUUUCAGUUGGAACAUCUCAGUCCAGCAGCUCUGCAGACCUGCCAGAGGGAGAUUACUCCAGACUGUGUUAUGAGAUUUAUAGAUUUAUACCCAGAUUAAACCCCUGUAUUAUGUCAAAACUGAUAGUUUGGGUUUAGUGGUUGUCUGGGGGGAUUAUUACAAAUUGCUGCUCAGUAUUUUUGUGCUGUAUUUUUCUGGCAGAAGUGCUUGUGCUCUGGACCAAUCCGCCACUUUAGAGGCUUAAUUACACCACGCUGUGGACUGAGCUUAUGCAGACAUGUGGAGGAGUUGGAAAAACAUGUCAAUGAGAAAUGCAGGACAUGAAGGCCAGUGGCACAGUUUAAAUCAAAGUAGGGUGGAGGAGAUAUGGCAGCAAGGUAACUGGAAUAUAGUGUGCAUAGUGCCUUACUUUUGCAGUGGGGAAAACACUGAUAAAUGUUACCCAAACAUUGGUUUUAAUGUGCUAGAAAAGCUCAAGGUGAAAUGUUUCAAUUCAGACAUGUAAUUAAAUUUAUAGAUGAAACUGAUAUGCCUUUGAGUUAUUUC